CCGGCCUCUCAACUCUCAAACAAGUCGUCGCUCCCUCCCAUGCGCCUAUACGAGCUUAAAAUCCAUCCACCCAUUCUCUUCUCUCCGUCCUUCCAUCAUAUCAUCAGCUCCCAUAAGAAGACAGCAAGCCCAGGCCACAACACCCCAGCCAUCAUAUCUAGCUAGCUAACAAUUGUGGAGCAUAUAUUUUGCUAGCUUGACGGCGGCGGCGAAUUAAGAUGCGUCGUCUGGUGUGCUUCCUGGUGGUGGCGGCCAUGGUGGUGGCGCUGGCUUCGGCGCAGGGGCAGAAACCGAAGAUGGCGGUGGCGGCGAAGAAGGGCAGCAAGCCGCCGGCGGGGGGCAAGUUCGAGACGGUGACCAUGGGCAAGUUCAGCAAGAGGAAAUACGAGAUCACCUGCACGGACAACGGCGCGCCAGGCUGCGUCGUCUCAUGCCCGGACUCCUGCCCCAACAAGUGCAUCACCUUCUGCGGCUACUGCAUGACCUUCUGCAUGUGCGACCUGUUCCCGGGCAUGUCGUGCGGGGACCCGAGGUUCACGGGCGGCGACGGCAACACCUUCUACUUCCACGGCAAGAAGGAGAAGGACUUCUGCAUCGUCUCCGACAAGGGCCUCCACAUCAACGCCCACUUCAUCGGCAACCACAACCCGGAGAUGAAGCGCGACUUCACGUGGGUGCAGGCCCUCGGGGUCACCUUCCGUGCCGACGACGGUGGCGCCCCACACCGCCUCUACGUCGGCGCCCGGAGAGCCGUGGAGUGGGACGAGGACGAGGACCACAUCCAGAUCGCCCUCGACGGCGAGCCGGUCGAGGUGGAGGCCGCCAAGAAGGCCCGGUGGGUCUCCGGGGCCGUGCCGGCACUCUCCGUCACCCGCACCGACACCGUCAACACCGUGACCGUGGAGCUUGACGGCGUGUUCAGCAUCUCGGCCAAUGCCGUGCCCAUCACUGACGAGGACUCUAGGGUCCAUCGCUACGGCAAGACCGGGAAGGACAGCCUCGUGCAUCUUGACCUUGGGUUCAAGUUCCACGCCCUCACCGACCUUGUCGAUGGCGUGCUCGGCCAGACCUACCGCCCCAACUAUGUCACCAAGGUCAACGUCACCGCCAAUAUGCCCAUCAUGGGCGGCGCGCCCAAGUACCUCUCGGCCGGCCUCUUCUCCACCGACUGCGCCGUCUCCCAGUUCCGCCGUGGCACUGCUGGCGCUGCCAUCGAGACAUUUGCCUCGUAGACGCCAAUCGAUCCAUUCAUAUACGCAUAAAAAUACGGACGAGCUGGGCUAGCACUGUGCCAUGAAAUAAAUCGACAAGGAUCGUGUAAUUUUUAAUCCAGUCAAAAUAAUUGACGAUACUAUAUAGUACUACUGUAAUAUGUUAGCAAGGAGCUGAAUUUCAGUUUGAUUGAAUGAAUACAAUCGAUUUGUAA